UACAUAUUUGAGAGGGUACACGCAGAAAGAGCUUGCACUCCAGUUUGGCGUUCGGUUCGGCACAGUCGCUCUAAGCCUCUCUCCCCGACCAACCUCUUCAUUUUCAGUUUCUUUUGGAGCAUUUUGAUCGGCCCCACCGCAAAAAACAGCCAUGGAUGCCAUUAAGAAGAAGAUGCAGAUGCUUAAGCUCGACAAGGAGAACGCCUUGGACAGAGCUGAGCAGGCAGAAGCAGACAAGAAGGCAGCCGAGGACAGGAGCAAACAGCUCGAGGACGAGCUGGUAGCUCUGCAGAAGAAGCUGAAGGCAACUGAGGAUGAACUGGACAAGUACUCCGAGGCCCUUAAAGAUGCUCAGGAGAAACUGGAACUGGCUGAGAAGAAAGCCGCCGACGCUGAGGGUGACGUCGCCUCCCUGAACAGACGCAUCCAGCUGGUGGAGGAGGAGUUGGAUCGCGCCCAGGAGCGCCUGGCGACCGCGCUGCAGAAGCUGGAGGAGGCUGAGAAGGCAGCUGACGAAAGCGAGAGAGGAAUGAAGGUCAUUGAGAACAGGGCUCUGAAGGAUGAGGAGAAGAUGGAACUGCAGGAGAUCCAGCUGAAGGAGGCCAAGCACAUUGCAGAGGAGGCUGACCGCAAAUAUGAAGAGGUUGCACGUAAACUGGUGAUCAUUGAGGGUGAUCUGGAGCGUACUGAGGAGCGUGCCGAGCUGUCAGAAAGCAAAUGUGCUGAGCUUGAGGAAGAGUUGAAAACUGUGACCAACAACCUGAAGUCACUGGAGGCACAGGCUGAGAAGUACUCACAGAAGGAAGACAAGUAUGAAGAGGAGAUCAAGGUCCUCACCGAUAAACUGAAGGAGGCUGAAACUCGUGCUGAGUUCGCUGAGAGAACAGUAGCCAAGCUUGAGAAGACCAUUGAUGACCUGGAGGAUGAGUUGUAUGCCCAGAAACUGAAGUACAAAGCCAUCAGCGAGGAGCUGGACCACGCUCUCAACGACAUGACUUCAAUGUAAAUCUCCAUCUGCUGUCUGCCUGUGCCUGUACCAUCUCACCUCUCCUCUCCAGUACUUCACUUCUCAUUCACCUGCAUACUAAACCAGUUUUGGUAACCCCUUCAGGAUCAUGUACUUGUCCCCCUACCACUUCAAGCUGUACCUCGAUUUCCUGCCUGUCCAUCUACUCCUUGUUGAUAUAACUUCAACGGGCAUGCUGAGAUGUGGUGUUAAGAUCCCAGAAUUACGUAGGCCUCUCUGUGAUUUCACUCAAAAGAAGGUGAACUGCCUCUGUGAAUUUGAAUUACCAAAUGGCCUCUGCUGCCACACUGUGUUGGCACAAAGUGCAGGAUAAUGGUGUAAUAUUUUGAGUUUACAUCAGGCCCAAUUUAGUUUUUUCAAAUACAGCUGCUGCUGUGGAGAUAUUCACCUCUAUGCUAACCAUAACUGUAAUUUCAAUCCCUCAUUUCAUAGGCAGUGGCUAUUAAUAAAGUGAAUUCCAAACCCCAGUGUAAGACUUGUUUCGGGGAGUAUCCCUGAACCCCAGAAAGGGUUGCGAGAGUCACAUGAUUGGCCUUACUUGUAGCAUUGCACAGAUGUGGAAAAUACCGCAUGUCUAAACAGAACUUAACAUUUGGAUGUAAUCAAAUCCAAGUAAGGAUUUCCAUUUGGCUUUGUUUUUUUGUACAUUUUAGAUGAACAAAGUGAUGACUUUUGAAUGUUAUGGGACCGUCUGACAUGUGUUUUAACUCUCAAACUGGAACUUUUUUUAAAAUCCACCUGAUCAUAUUGGACUGUCCCUGAAUCAAUGCAUGCUGAGAUAUGCCAAAAUGAUCCAUUCUGCAAUGGAUGCUUUCCAAUUACAGUAUGAGGGGAUGAAUUUCAAUAAACACUUCCCUGGGUUAAUUUUUUUUGUGA